AUUUUUUUCGAAUCAAACAAAAAAAAACAACCAAGCUCUUCUUAUAUUCCGAUCUUUGUGCUCAGCCCUAAAACCCCGAAUCAGAAAAACCUCACCACCAUCAACAAUGGCAGCAACCCACUCCCUCCUUGGCCGUUCACAGGCCCUCCGUCCAAAUUCUUCCGGCCACCGUCUGCCGGUUUCCUUCCUCGUUCUCUUUCUCACUUUCGUCAUUGUAUGUAUUUCUCUCUUUUGUCCUCUCUCUGAUCUGCGUUACCAGAGCCCAAACUCCUAUCCUAACACUUUCAACGCCGAUGACCAUAUCAAUCCGAUCCCGUGGAGUUCAAUGAACCAGACCCAGAAAGCCAGAGUUCAAACGUACCUCAGCAACCAGACUGAGGUGGCUUUUACUAUCAUGAAGCAGCUGUCUUUGACUACUAAAGCCAAGAACAAAAAUAUGGUGUACUCGCCACUAUCCAUCCACAUGGUUCUCAGCCUUUUAGCGGCCGGGUCAAACGGCCCUACACAGGACCAGUUGCUCACCUUCCUCAGGUCCAAGUCCACCCAAGAGCUCAACUAUCUAGCCUCCACUCUCAUGCCUCUGUUCUUCGCGAAAGAAUCACCAAAUGGCGGGCCUAGCUUGUCAUUCACCAAUGGCGCUUGGGUAGACAAGUCUCUUCCCGUCAAGCCUUCUUUCAAACGGAUAGUGGACACUGCUUACAGGGCUGCCUUAAAGCAAGUCGAUUUCAAGGGCAAGUCAGAUGAAGUUAGAAUGGAAGUGAAUUCAUGGGCCGAGAAGGAGACUAAUGGUCGCAUCAAAGAUAUUCUUGCUUCUGGCUCAGUUGACAGCCUAACGAGACUCAUUCUCGCAAAUGCAUUAUACUUCAAAGGAGAUUGGAAGGACAGAUUUGACGCAUUAGGAACAAAAGAGUAUGAUUUUCACCUUCUCAAUGGGAACUCAGUUAAGGCUCCUUUUAUGACAGAGUGGAUAACAAGUUGGGGAAGGCGGUAUAUAAGUGUUUUUGACAGUUUCAAAGUUUUGAAACUCCCUUACAAACAAGGUGAAGAUCGUGAGAAGUGUUUCUCCAUGUAUGUCUUCCUUCCGAAUGAAAGAGAUGGGUUGCCAGCUUUAGUUGAGAGAUUUUCUUCCGAGUCUGGGUUCUUAGAUCGGCAUCUUCCUCGCAAAACAGUUGAAGUUGGUGCCUUUAAAAUGCCAAAGUUCACGUAUUCUUGUAGAUUUGAAGCUUCCAAAGUUCUGAAAACUUUAGGGUUGGAGUUGCCUUUUGUUCCUGGAGGUUUGACAGAGAUGGUGGACUCACCUAUGAUUGAUAGCCUAUAUGUUUCCCACAUACAACAUGGAUCAUUCAUUGAUGUUAAUGAGGACGGUACAGAAGCUGCUGCUGUUACGGUUGCUGUUCAAACGGGUUCAACUUGGAGUCAGGAGAAGAGGAUAGACUUUGUGGCAGAUCAUCCCUUCCUUUUUCUUAUCAGAGAAGAAACCACUGGAUCGGUGCUGUUCAUUGGGCAAGUCCUCAAUCCAAUUGAAAACUGACUUAUUAUGUGUUAGAAUUUAACAGAACUCAGCAAACGUUGUACUUGAGUUUCACUACUUUACAACAACUAUCUUAUCCCUUAUAUCGAAGCACUCGGCCACCUAGGUUUCUUGAGUUUAUUCGUGGACUCAGCGAUGGCCGCCUACAGCGAGAAUUCUCACCUCCCGUUCCUUGGUGGUUUGAUUAUUGGCUCUUGGCUUCCUUGUUGACAACCAAUCUCCUAUAUGGUGGUUUUGAUCAGUGAUGAAAUGUGAUGGUCUCGUCUAGUGGUAAUGGGUAGAAUCCAAAAAAAAAAAACAGGUCUUGGAUCAAGGUUCUCACCGAAACUGAAUUAAUGAAGCACCAAUGACGGAUAAUAGUAUCAAAUACUAAGCCUGAAUAGGUUUCUCUAAGCAUUUAUUCAGCAUUAUGUGGUGUACUAUCAAAUUUAUUAAGAUCUUUUUUCAGUGACGCUCACGUUAA